AUGCAGGCGCCUGAGCUGACGGCGCUCACGGCAGAGCAUCGGCCACCGCUCGCGGCGCCCGCACAGGCGGCGCCGUCUCCCAGCCCGCAGCAGCCCACCCCGCAGGCGGCCGCGGCGGCAGCAGCGGGGGGCCUGAAUGUGGCAGCCCCCGAGGGCCAGCCGGGCGCCGCAGCACCCGGCGGCGCGGGCCCAGCGGGCGAGGGCGAGCCGCCGCCGCCCCACGGCCUGCACCACCUGACCCGCCACUGGCUCCCCGAGGAGGUGCGGGGCGAGGUGGUGCUGCAGCGGCUGGGAGCGGCAGACAUCCGGGCCGCGGAGCAGAUGAUCAGGAACAUGGGGCAGCGGGAGCUGCGGGACGCUUUCCAGCGAGUGUAUGGGGCUGCCACCCAGAGCUUCAACAACACCUGGCUCAGGCGCAAGCUUGCCGAGGCCCUGGGCGUGAAGGCCGGCGGCGUCAGCAAGGCACGCAAGCGCGCCGGCGGCGCCAGGGGCCACGCCCGCCGCGCGCUUGGCGGCCGCGGCGGCGCCGCGCAGGCCGCCGCCGGCGGCGGUGCAGCCUCCGGGACGGGUGCCGCCCGUCCGCAGUCGCGCAGUGGGGGCGGCCCCGCGGGCGGCGGCGGGGCAGCCGCGGGAGCGGGGAGCGGCGGCGGCGGCGGCGGCGGCGGCAGGCCGGGUUCACGAGCCACAGCACGCGCAGCGCUGGCGGUCGCCAUGUCGGCAGAGCGAGGUGGGAGCGAUGAUGAGUACAGCCCUGAGGAGGCUGAGGAGGAAGAGGAGGAGGAGUUUUGGAGCGACCUGGCCCCUUCCGCAGCCCCGGCGCACCACACUCGCGGCGGCGCAGGCGCCGCAGGGCCCGCCGCAGCCGCGGCAGCAGCAGCAGCAGCAGCAGCAGCAGCAGUGGCGGGCGGCGGCGGCUCGGACGACGGCGCCGCCACGUGGCGCGGCAGCAGCCGCCACGCGGCGGCGUGGCAGGCGCAGGAGGCUGCGUCGUUCCAGGACUUUGCCGGUGCUCUGGUGAUGGCGGCGGAGCAGCUGCGCACUCCCAGCGCAGAAGCGCUGCCGCUGCUGCACGGGGACGGCGGCUGGGGCUGGGAGGCCGCCCCCGAGCGCCAGCAGCAGCAGCAGCAGCAGCCCCCCACGGCCGCCGAGAUGCAGCAGUGGCGGCAGGAGCGGCGGCGGCAGCGCCAGCUGCUCGACGGCGAGCGGCAGGCCGGCGGCGGCGGCGGUGAGGCUGCGCAGCAGCUGCAGCAGCCGCAGCAUGUGGGGCCGCCGUUGCCGCAGCAUGAGGGGUCAGCAGGCUCCUCACUGUCCUCCAUGCUGCUCCAGCAGUACAUGCAGCAGUGCCAGCAGCAGCUGUGGCACCGCCACCAGGCGCACCCCCACCCCCAGCAGCCGCAGCACUCCGACGCUUCCACCGUGCUGCCGCUCUUUGUGGGCGGCGGCACCAUCAGCCCGCGGGGCCCUGCCGGCCCCAGGCCUCCGCCCGUGGUGGCCGCAGCCGUGGCGGCAGCGCAGGCGGCACAGCCCGUGCCGGCAGCCACUGCCGCCUCCCGCACGCCAGCGGCGCAGAUGUGGCAGGCAGAGGUGGCACGGGCAGCGCCUGGGCAGCUCCCAGCGGCAUCCGCGGCUGCCGAGGCGGCCAGGCAGGCCGCCGAGGCGGCUGCCCAGGCGGCGGCAGCAGCGGCGCUGCCCCCCAUUGUCACAGCGGGCCAGCUGCCGCACACAGUGCUGGCAGCUCUGCGGCACUUGCAUCCCUCCCAGGGUGGUCCCGCCGCGCCGCUGGCUGCCAGCGAGGCCGGCAGCAGCGAGGGGCAGCCCCCUCCGCACCCGCAGCAGCCGCAGCAGCAGAUGGAGCAGCGGGGGCAGCAGCGGGAUGCGGGCAGCAGCGAUGCAGUGGCCGCAGUCAUGCAUGCUGGAGCUGCCACCAAGAAUGAACCUCCCGCCCAGGUGCCGCCCAGCGCAGGCGCCGCCGCAGAGCCUGCGCCCCAGGCUGCCGGCGCAGUCCGCUAG